UAAAAAGAUGGAGGAAAAUAAUGAGACGUUGGUCCCAGAAAAUACAGCCACAAACGACUGUGAAAUGAAUCAAGCUGAAGCUGUUGAAGCUGAAACAAGGACUGAAAGGUUAAUGAUACAUAAAAUGGUAAAUGAGAAUUUCAAAUCAUAUGCUGGGACACAAGAACUUGGUCCAUUUCACAAGAAUUUUUCAUCAAUUGUUGGUCCAAAUGGGAGUGGAAAAUCAAACGUCAUAGAUGCUAUGUUAUUUGUGUUUGGUUAUCGUUCAAAUAAGAUUCGAUCAAAAAAAAUAUCACAGCUGAUUCAUAACUCUGGUAAUCAUCGUAAUGUACAAAGCUGUACAGUUUCAGUUUAUUUUCAGAAAAUUAUAGAUAUGCCAGGGGAUGAAUAUGAGGUUGUACCUGAAAGUGAAUUUAUUGUAUCAAGAACAGCCCGAAAAGACAACAGUUCUGAUUAUUAUGUCAAUGGGAAAAAAACACCUUUCAAAGAAGUUGCCAUGCUUUUGAGAAAAUGUGGCAUUGAUCUUGACCAUAAUCGCUUCCUAAUUUUACAGGGUGAAGUAGAGCAGAUUUCUAUGAUGAAACCCAAGGCUCAGACUGAACACGAGGAGGGUAUGUUGGAGUAUUUGGAAGAUAUUAUUGGAUCAAGUUGUUAUAAACAACCCAUUGAAGAGUGUGCAAAAUCUGUUGAAGAACUCAAUGAAGCCAGAGGGGAAAAGCUGAAUCGUGUCAAAGCUGUGGAGAAAGAAAAAGAUGAAUUAGAAGGAGUGAAAAAUGAAGCAGUUGAAUACCUAAAUAUACAAAAUGGUGUGUGUAAGGAGCGGAACAAGUUGUACCAAAAAAACAUAUAUGAUUGUCUUGGUAAUGAUAAUCAUGCCAAGCAAGAAAGGGAUAAAGUCAAUGAACUGUAUACAGAUCUGAAGAAAAAAAUGGAGGAAUGCUCAGAAAGGAAAAAGAACAAAGCGAAAGACAUAAAGAAACUCACCAAAAUGCAGGAACAGUUGGCUAAAACAUCUGAAGAAACCAAAGCGAAUUUCAAUGCGUUUGAAAGAAACGAUCUAAAAUUGAGAGAGGAUUUGAAACACAGGAAACAAGAGGGCAAAAAGCUUGACACAAACUUGACCAAGGAAAAGAAAAAGCUUGUGGAUUUAAAAGCUGAACCUGAAAAAAAUGAAAAGAAACUAGAAGAACUUGAGGAGAAGAAAGCAGCGGUUGAGGAAAAGAAGAAAGUUGAAGACUCCAAACUGAAUGAAAUCAUGUCAGGCUUAAAAGAGGAGACAGAGGGUUUACAAGCGGAAAAAGAGGCUAAAGAAGGACACCUUUUGGAGAUGAGCAAAUCAGUAAACGAAGCUAAAUCAAAGUUGGAUGUGGCGAAAAGUGAACUAGAGAUUUAUAGUACUCAACAAGACGGUUUAAAAAAUCAACAAAAAGAAGCCAAGGAAAAUUUAGAAAAUGGGAAAGAAAAACUCAAAGAUUUAAAAUGUGAUACGGAAACAAUAAACAGCGAACUUCCUGACAAUAAAAAGCAACUGGAAAAAGCAAAGGUUGAUUUAGAAAAAACUGAGGCUGAGGAGAAGAAACUCUGCGAGGAGCUACGAAUAUCACGAUCAAAGGCCGAAGAAGCGAGAAGUGCUUUACAAGCAGUCAGUACACGAGGUAAAGUUCUGGAAGCUUUGUUGAAAGAAAAACAGUCUGGAAAUUUGAAGGGAAUAUAUGGAAGAUUGGGAGAUCUUGGUGCGAUUGAUGACAAAUACGAUGUUGCUAUUAGCACUGCUUGUGGGCCGUUGGAUAACAUUGUUUGCGAUACAAUUGAAACUGCGCAGAAAUGUGUCAACUUCUUAAAAAGAAAUAAUAUUGGAUCCGCCACAUUUAUUGCUUUGGAUAAGGUGGAGAAUUGGAGAAAGCAUUCGACAAGUACAAUUAAAACGCCAGAGAAUGUACCAAGGCUGUUUGAUUUGGUGAAAGUAAAUAACGAAAAAGUAAAGACGGCAUUCUAUUUUGCAUUACGAGACACUCUGGUUGGGAAGGAUCUGGAACAAGCUACUCGUAUCUCAGAUAAGGAUGGUAAAAGAUGGCGGGUUGUGACCGUACAAGGGCAACUAGUGGAGAUGUCAGGUGCAAUGACUGGUGGUGGUUCAAGAGUCGUCAAAGGACGCAUGGGAUCCAGUAUUGUUCAUGAUAUCACUCCACAACAGCUGCAGAAAUUAGAGAGAAAGUUAGAAGAACAGACUAAUCGUUUAGAGGAAUGCCGAAGAUUGAAAAAGACGUUGGAAGAAUCAAUGGAUGAUUUGUCAAAAACUGUCUCAUCUCAAGAACAUCAACUUCAAAAGAACGAGAUGGAAGUUCAGGCAUUAAUUCAACAAGAAAAAGAUCUAACUGAACAAAUCAAAAGUCUGCAAGUUCAGUUACAACAAACCGUUCCAGACAAGAAUCAUUUGAAGCAGCUGGAACAGAAAGUGAAAGAACUUGAAAAAGAAUGGCAAAAGGUGUCUUCAGCCUCUGCCAAAGUGGAAGCCGAAGUCCAAAGUCUUCACAAACAAAUCAUGGAUAUUGGCGGAUCAAAACUAAAGGCACAACAGGCCAAGGUUGACAUUUUUAAUAAAGGCAUUGACGAAAUCACUCGGGAAAUAACAAAGACAAACGUAGCGCUGAAGUCGUCCUCAAGAAAUAUAACAAAGUCAGAAGAAAAAAUAAAAUCGUUGGAAAAGGAAAUUGAAGAAAAUAAAGAAUCAUUGGAAACACUGCAGAAAGAAUUCAACGAACUUGAUGAAAAUGCAGCUAAAGUAUUUGCAAGUUAUAACGACGCCCAGGCUAAAAUGAAAGAAUGUGAAGAGGCUCUGUCAGCAGUUCGAGAGGAAUAUCAACAACGAGAAGAAGAAUUUAACAAAAUGAAAAGCGAGGAAGUGGAUGUAAAGAACGAUUUGGAAAAAUGUAAUACACAAGUGAAGGAAAAUGAAGCCAAGAUCAAAUUUUGGAGAAGAGAGAUAAGUAAACUGGAACUACAGUCAACUGGCCUAAGCAGUGAAGAGGAAAUGGCAUUACAAACAUUAAAUGAAGAAGAAUUGCAAACCCUUGAUAAAACAGCGAUAAAGAACGAAAUUGAAACGCUCGAAGAGAAAUUACGAGAAAUGAAGCCGAACAUGGCAGCUAUUGAAGAGUAUCGCAAAAAGGAAGAACAAUAUUUACAACGAGUAAACGAAUUGGAUAAGAUCACAGAGGACAGAGACAACAAACGCAAAGAAUAUGAAGCUUUAAGAACAAAAAGACUGAAUGAAUUUAUGGAAGGCUUUUCUAUCAUCACAAUGAAACUCAAAGAAAUGUACCAGAUGAUCACACUUGGGGGCGAUGCAGAGUUGGAACUCGUAGAUAGUUUAGAUCCAUUUACAGAGGGAGUCGUGUUUAGUGUACGGCCCCCGAAGAAGAGCUGGAAAAAUAUUUCCAAUCUCUCCGGAGGCGAGAAAACACUCAGUUCAUUGGCUCUUGUGUUUGCUCUUCAUCAUUUCAAACCCACACCGCUCUAUGUUAUGGAUGAAAUAGACGCUGCUCUUGAUUUUCGAAACGUCUCUAUUGUUGCUCAUUACAUCAAGGAGCGAACAAAGAACGCGCAGUUUAUUAUAAUCAGUUUACGAAACAACAUGUUCGAACUGGCAGAUCGACUUGUGGGUAUUUUCAAAACUGAUGAUUGUACCAAGAGUGUGACCAUUAAUCCUCCUCUCUUUGCUACCGGGAGGACCAUGGUCCAUACAGAGACAUAAAAUCGUGUAUAUAAUACAUCAUAGCGCUUUCAUAUAUAUAUACAUAUAU